AUGGGAAACUACAAGUCCAGACCAACAAUUUCUUGUACAGAUGAGCUGAAAAAGAAAAUCAGUGAAAGCUAUGCCUUGUUCAGGUCAAAGGUUAUUGAAGAAUUACGACCAAGGGAAGCAGAUUGGACAGAAGUUCAGCUGGCUGCAGCCAACACACAAGAUUUGACUGUGUUGAGCCAGCUGUUGAAUGACACAAACUGUAAUGAGAGAACAGACACAGGACUGACCCUGCUUCAUAUUGCUUGCCUGGCUGGAGCUCCCACUAGCCAGCUGGAGAGACUUCUGAAGAAGGGCAAAAAUAUCAAUGUGCUUAGUAAGAACCUUUUCUCUCCCCUGCAUUUGGCUACUUAUAGGGGAGAUGCCGAACAGGUUGAAGUUCUGGUGACUCAUGGGGCCGAUGUCAAUCAGACUGGUCAUAGUGGAGUAGCUGCCCUUCACAUAGCUGCCAUGUGUGGUCACCGUGAGAUUGCCAAAAUUCUGUUGGAGAGUGGAGCCAAGAUUGAUAUGGGAGAUGUUGUCAAGUUCUCCUCUUUACAUAUUGCUUGCCAUUUUGGUCAUGAGAAGGUUGUGGAGUUGCUGAUCAGCAAUGGUUCUGAUAUCAACAUCAGUGGCAGUGUCGGGGAUCGGCCCAUCCACCUGGCCAGCUCUAAAUCAAAUCUCAAGAUCAUGCAGCUGCUUGUGGAUGGCACCUCACAGCAGAAAGCUGAUGUGAAUGUGAAGGAUGAUGAAGGUCACACACCACUCCACUUCUGCUGUAAAUCAGGUCACCUGGUGACACUACAUUAUUUGCUUGACCAUCAUGCCUCACCCCAUGAGGUGAACAUUUACGGUGACACACCUCUGCAUCUAGCUUGUUACAACGGGAAGCUGGAGAUCGCCAAACAACUGAUUGCCCAGGCAGGGUCAGACAGUCUGACCAUGGAAAAUGUUUUUAGUGAAACUCCAUUACACAGUGCCUGCUCCUAUGGCAAGAACCUUGAACUUGUGAAGUUCCUUUUGGAGCAACCCUCCAUUGACAUCAACUACCAAGGGAAAGAUGGCCACACAGCUCUACACAGUGCUUGCUACCACGGCCACAUCAGAUGUGUUCAGUUUUUGUUAGAAAACAGAGCAGACAUGAAUCUGGUGGCAGCUGUCAGUGAUCAGAGCGGUGACAGCGAAAAGAGAGAGGAGCAGACAGCAUUAAUGUGGGCUUAUGAAAGAGGGUUUGAUUCCAUUGUCACGCUGCUGAAACAUUACAAAAGGCCAAGCGAUGAGUCCGCGUGCGGGGAUUACUCACAGCCAGGUAGUCUCGAUGGGUCCUAUGUCACAGUGCCUUCACCCCUGGGCAAACUACGCAGUAUGACAAAAGAAAAGAUAGAUGUGCUGCAGCUGAGAGCCACUCUCCCACACCAGUUCCACCUGCAGAUCACAGAUCUAGAGUUCCAGGAGACUAUUGGUUCCGGCUCAUUUGGUAAAGUUUACAAGGGAAAAUGCAAAGGAAAAACUGUUGCCAUUAAAAGGUACAGAGCAAGUUCAUUUGGUGCCAAGUCGGAUGUUGACAUGUUUUGUCGAGAAGUUGCUAUAUUGGCCAAGCUUAAGAGUCCGUAUGUGAUUAACUUUGUUGGAGCCUGUCUGGAUGACCCUAGUCAAUUUGCGAUUGUUACCGACUAUGUGUCAGGAGGUUCCAUGUUCAGCUUGUUGCACGAACAGAAAAGACUGAUUGACAUACAGUCAAAGUUAACCAUUGCCCUGGAUGUAGCCAAAGGAAUGGAGUACCUACACAACAUGCCUCUGCCAAUUAUUCACCGAGACCUCAACAGCCACAAUAUUCUGUUAGAGGAGACCGGGCAUGCAGUUGUUGCAGACUUUGGAGAGUCUCGGUUUUUGAGAUCAAAUGAUGAAGACAACAUGACAAAACAGCCUGGGAAUCUGCGCUGGAUGGCACCAGAAAUAUUUACCCAGUGUACAAGGUACAGUGUGAAAGCGGACAUGUUCAGCUAUUCGCUGGUAGUGUGGGAGCUCCUGGCCGGAGAACUGCCAUUUGCCCAUCUCAAACCAGCGGCAGCAGCGGCAGAGACAGCCUACCACAAUACCAGACCUCCUAUGGCCAUCACUUUUCCUAAACCUAUUGUAGCACUGCUGCAGAAAGGCUGGCAUUCAAACCCUGAUGAAAGACCAGAGUUUCGGGACAUCAUUCCCAUACUAGAGGAAUGUAAACAGUCUCAAGCCGUGGCCAUGUUGAGCAACUCGGAGCUUCCUUCGGCGACCCUUCCCCUCUCCCUACCUAUGGUUACAACACAAGAUUCUGAUGGAGAGGGGAGGGAUACACCUCCCCUGGCUGGUCAUGUGUCUGCGCUGCGCAACCACUGGGAGAUGGAAGCUUCUAGAAACAGCGUCUCUGGGGCCAGCGAUGAUAAAAGAAAAUACCCUUUCCCACAGCUGGAUAAAAAUGGUUAUGUAUCGGAUCCAUUAUCAACUUUGAGAAUUUCACUAUCAAUGCCGCUGUCUUCAUCGUCGAUGUCGCCAUCCUCACCCUCACUAUUGGUGCCACAUGGGGACAGCUGA